AUGGGGGAGUGUGAGUGGGUGGAUAGAGAGGGGGAUCAGAGGAACCAGAGAUGGGGAUCCGGGGGGAGGGCUGCAGGCGGGCCUUGGGCCCAAAGGGUCACCCCAGCUCCCCUCCUCUGCCAGCACUUACAGGAGGCCCUGGAGUUGUCCUCCUUCCCAGCAGCUUCGGAGGGGGGGGCUGGGGGAGAAGAGGAGGAGGAAGAGCUGGAGGAGAGCCCCGUUGAGGCUUCCACCCUCAGCCCCACACCGUCCCCCACCCCUGAGGAUGCCAUUUCCUAUGUCCUGGGCCGCCUCACCGGGCUGGACUCUGGGCUGCAUCAGCUGCACGUUAGACUGUACACUCUGGACGCCCGCGUAGCAGAGCUGUCUCGGGGGCUUCAGCUGCUGAAAGAGGCCAGAGACACCCGGGAAGCCCUGGAGGCCAUGGAGGAGGCUCAGAAACAGGGGAGGCAGGAGCGUGGGCGCCUGCAGGGCUGCCUCAAAGGCCUCCGCCUGGGCCACAAGUGCUUCCUCUUGUUUCGGGAUUUCCAGGACCAAAAGGCAGCCCAUGCCCAGUGCAGGGAGCGUGGGGGCAGCCUGGCCAUGCCCGCUGACCAGGCCCAGAUGGAGGCCCUGAGCCGGUACCUGAAGGCCAGCCUGGCCCCCUAUAAUUGGCCCGUGUGGCUGGGCAUCCACGAUCGGAGGGCAGAGGGCCUCUACCUCUUUGAGAACAACCAGCGAGUGUCCUUCUUUGCCUGGCAUCGGGCCCUGCCCCUGGGGGGCCCUGGGGCUGCUCCCACCCCUGGUGGCCCGGGCCACCCUGCUCUGGGGCCAGACCAACCCAACGGGGGAGCAGAGAACUGUGUGGCCCAGGCCUCGGACGAUGGCUCCUGGUGGGAUCACGACUGCGGCCGCCGAUUCUAUUAUAUCUGUGAAUUCCCCCACUAGGGGGCUCACAGGCAGCCCUGACCCUCCCCUAGGCCAAUGCCCCCUCCUCCAGCACCCUUUGGGGUGCCUCCUGAAUUCCUCCUUCAACACCCACCCAGACCUCCCUGCCUGCCCCUGGGAUCUCUCCUCUGAGCCCAGACAGACAAGGGGUCCCCAGGGGCCAGCCCUCACACACACAGCCUGAUGCCGGGCAGGACCCGCCAAAGGCAGCCAGGACACAACACCCAGCCUGUCCUGGAGGUAGUGAUCUCCCCGUCCCUGGAAGUCUGAUGCAGGCUCCUCCCUUCUCCCUUCUCUGUUGCCUCCCCCUGCCCCCAGACACUCAGCAGUGCUGCCCAGGAUGGGGCUGGAGGAGGAACCCCAGAAAGCUCAGCCGACUUCUGGCCAAAGUCUUGUCCUCAGUAACCCCACGGGAAGGGCUUGGUGGCCCUGGAGGAGAAGCCCAGCACGGUGUUAAGGCACCAGCAGGAGAUGGGAGACUGCCUGGUGACCUUAUCCGAGUCCUUUCUGUCCCUCCUUUAUGAAAUAAACGUUACUAGUCAUGAGUCCCAAA